AUGAAGCUCCCACGCCAACCAUUCCGGAGCGUUUCGCGGUGCCCACUGCAUCUCUUAUCCUCCCUCCGAGCCUCGACUGCUGUGUCAGCGAGGAGCGGAUUCCGCCUCACCAACAACACUUGGCCGAUAGCAACAACAAUCCUUUCGAGCGUCCCAGCUCUCUCUCGAAGGAGGCAAUAUGGCUCCGUCUCGGCGGCGAAUCUGACCUUUGGCCAGCCUGUGCACGAAACACAUCCUCACAUUCUCAAGCCGGGCGAGUUAACGCCCGGCAUCACGGCUCAGGAGUAUGCUGAUCGACGUGCCGCCCUCGCCGACUCGAUGGCCGAGGGAGGCAUUGCCGUCCUCAAUGCCGCCUCGCUCGCGUACAAAUCUGGCGCUGUUUUUCACCCCUAUCGACAAGAGUCCAACUUUCUCUGGCUCACGGGUUGGAGCGAAGGGGAUGUGGUCGCCGUAAUCGAGAAAACCGGCCCCAAAUGGGGCGACUACGCCUUUCGCAUGUUCGUAAAGCGCAAGGACCCCGGCGCCGAACAAUGGUCUGGCUACCGGAACGGCGUCGACGCCGCCGAGCAGGUGUUCAAUGCCGACGAGGCAAGACCCAUCGAGGAUGCCGAGGCAGCCCUGCCGCUGAUUCUUAACUCGGCCAAGGUCGUGUACGCAGAUGUCGAGGCCAGCAAGCCUGUGGCGUCCAGCUCGCUGUGGAGGUUCUUCGCCGAAAGGGAGUCUAGAACUUCGAAGGUUCCCCUAUAUCCAAUCAUGAACAAGUUGCGAGUCACCAAGAGCCCAGCCGAGGUGGCCAACAUGAGACAGGCUGGCCAAAUUUCCGGACGGGCCAUCACCGAAGCCAUGAGGCGCUCGUGGACGAAGGAGCGGGAUCUUCACGCUUUUCUCGACUAUCAGUUUAUUGUCAACGGCUGCGAUGGCCCUGCAUACAUCCCUGUCGUUGCCGGUGGUGAACGGGCCAACUGCAUACACUACACGGUGAAUAACAACAUGUUCCGCGACGGCGAGUUCAUACUGGUCGAUGCCGGCGGCGAGUAUGGCACCUACGUCACGGACAUUUCACGCACGUGGCCCGUCUCCGGCAAGUUCACGCCUGCCCAACGCGACCUCUACGAAGCCGUGCUCAAGGUGCAACGGUCCAGCGUGGCUCUCUGCUGCGAGUCGGCCAGCAUGUCCCUCGAGGACAUACACGGCAUCACCGCUCGUGGCCUGGUUGACCAACUUUGCGGCAUCGGAUUUAACGUCACCAUGAGCUCAAUCGACCAACUGUUUCCCCACCAUGUCGGCCACUACAUCGGCCUCGACGUGCAUGACUGCCCGGGGUUCAGUCGCAGGGAGAAGCUCCGCAAGGGACAGUGCGUCACCAUCGAGCCGGGUGUGUACGUGCCCGAUGACGAGCGCUGGCCAAGGCACUUUCGGGGCAUGGGCAUCCGGAUCGAGGAUAGUGUGUGCGUGGACGGGGACUCGCCAUACAUUUUGUCGACAGAAGCCGUCAAGGAGGUGGAUGACAUUGAGGCGUUGCGGUCGUAA